AUGUCCAGCAUCCAGGUGCUCAGAGUCCUCGUUAACGAGCGGCUGUCCGCGGCCGCCGAGGAGAUCUUCGAGGCGGUUAAAAAAACCAUCGCGGGCUAUGAGGAGGAGAUCCUGCUCUCCAAACGGGAGAUCCGCCGGCAGCGCAGGAUGCUGCAGACAGUUUCAAAACCAGAAAUAAAGAUAAACAAACACUCAGACCAACCACAGCUGGCUCUGUCUGUCUGGGACGAGGAUUUCCCCUCCGAUCAGCAGCAGCAGGAGGUGCAGUGUGAGCCGGACUGGAGCUCCGGUCUGGACCAGGAUGACCAGGAGCCUCCACAGACAGAGAAAAACCAGGAGGAGCAUCCCAGUAGCCAUGAGCAGGAGCAGCUUCAGGAGCUGGAGGAAGACAACGCCAUCAGGAUCAUCUUCACGCCUCCGUAUGUGAAGAGUGAGCUCGACCAGCUUCAUCCCAGCUAUCAGAGUACUAAAGGAGGAGGAGGGGAUCCUCUGCCGAGCACCUCAGCUGAGCAGGAACAGACGAAGGUGGAGGGCGACGACGGGGCUUCCUCCAGCUGUUCCGCAACCGACCACGACGAGAGUGACGAGGAGUGGAGGGGCAGCAUUGGGUCUCAGAGCGACGACAGCGACAUCAAGGACAAAUGGAAGAAGAAGGAUGCCCGUCUACCGAUGGCCCCAAAACUGCAUCCGACAAAAAAAAACAAAUCACGAAUCUGCUGUAAAGUCUGCGGGAAAGCCUUCCACGCCAACGUCUCUUUGGUGAAUCACAUGGAAGUUCACCCCAAGGACGUGUGCGGUGUCUGCGGGGAACAUUUCGAGACCGAGGAGAGCUUUAAAGUUCAUGUGAAAACACACGUGAAGGCUGAAAUCUGCAGCAUUUGUGGGAAAUGUUUCGGGGCUUCCAGCUCUUUGGAGACGCACAUGAGGAUCCACACGGGAGAGAAACCGUUCAACUGCAGCGAGUGCGGAAAAUCCUUCAACUGUCGCCACAACAUGAUGCGACACAUCAGGAUACACACGGGGGAAAAGCCGUAUCCCUGCUCCGUCUGUGGCAAAUGCUUCAAUGACUACUCUACGUUGAAACGCCACCUGCAGGUUCAUUUGCACAAGAAGAACCUCGACCCAAAUAGUACGUCCGCAAACGAGAAUGAAAGCGGCAACGACAGCGAGAGGAAGAUCAAAACUUCGUCACUAAAAAAGCAGCAGAGCCGGACUAUAUGUGAAGUGUGCGGGAAAAUGUUCCACUCCAUGGUUUCCCUGGUUAAUCACGCCAAAAGUCACGCCACAGACCUCUGCGGCGUUUGUGGGACACAUUUCGAUUCAGAGGAAAACUUAAAACUUCACCUGAAAACUCACAAAAACGGGAAGGUUUGUGAAGUGUGCGGCAAGUGUUUCGACAGUCAGGGGAACCUGGAGAUGCACAUGAGGAUCCACACGGGGGAGAAGCCGUUUCUCUGCAGUGAGUGUGGGAAAUCCUUCAACUGCCGACACAACAUGAUGCGACACAUCAGGACGCACACGGGCGAGAAGCCGUACCUGUGCAACGUCUGCGGUCGGUGUUUCAGCGACCACUCCACUCUGAAGCAGCACAGCAGCACGCACACCGGGGAGAAACCACACCGCUGUGAGGUCUGCGGGAAAGGCUUCCACCGAAAGACUUAUGUGAGGCUUCACAUGAAAAGCCACACAACAGAGAAGUGA